AUGAAAAACAACCCCACGGGCCCCGAAAGGACCAAACCCCGACAGGGCCAACCAAAGGGCCCCCAGCAGGGCCAAAUACGACAGGCCACCAGACAGAACCCCCAGAGAACCCCACACAGGGCCACCCCCAAAUGGGCCACCACGACGGCCAACCUGACAACCAAAACCACGACGGGGCCCCCCAUGACUCCCCAGACAGGGCCAACCACGACAGAACCACCCACUGGUAACCCGAUAGGGGCCCCCCGACGGCCCCAACGAACCCUCAACUGGCACCCGCGAAACCAAAAUGCCUGGGCCAAACCCGCAGGGCCAACCACGCGAACCAACCCCGCGGACCAACCCACAGGACCCCACACGGGGCCAAACCCCGACAGGCCAACACCAGGGGCCAAACCCCCAAAAGGCCCACACGAACCAAAGCACUGGCCCCCACGAAAAAAACCACGCAGGCCAAAAACCCACGACCAACCCGAAGGGCCACACCAACCAACAGAAACCAAAAUGCAAAAAGGGCCAACCCCACAGAAACCAACCCCCAAGGGCCAAACCCGAAAAACCAAACCCAGACCAAACCCCGGGGCCAAAACAAAAAACCCCGAAAGCCAUGCCUGGCCCAGACGGGCCCAAACCCCACGAAUCAACCCGACAGAAUAA